AUGCUGAGUGUUUACCAGUUAUCCGAAAGUUCCCAAAGUCACGAGCCUGAAGGCGUCGGCCCGCCGCUGCCUCUCCCUCCUGAUGACCCACCCCCAAGCGCUCGCGAUCUCUCUAUCACUGACUAUGAGACUGUCUCCAUUGGAGGCCCCUCCGAGUCCCUUUCACAAGAAGUUAAUCAGAUGGACGUAUUGACGGCCGCUGAAAACUCCUCCGAAGGCCUCAUGGAGCAAGAUGACUCCGAAUACUUCAACAGCUCGUCUCAUUCUGACCUGAAUGCCCUGGAUACCGAUGAAGAUGAAUUCUUACGUCCUCCCCCAGAUCUCAGACUACCAACUCCUGCAUCUAAUCAUGCAGCCAACUCCGCCGUUGCAACUUCAGAAAAUUCCCAAAACCAAAAAAAUACCAAUGAUUCCUCCUUGAUUGAAAUUCCAGAAAACUGCAAAACUCAAAAAAACGUUAUCAAUGAAAAUACAAAUCAAAAAAAAAAUCUCUCCAUGGCGGAACGCCUCCAAACUAAUCGCCACACCACCAGAGGUAACUCGGCAAUCAUAAGCGAUUACAAAUAUGUCAAACAAGAAUUUACUCUGCGUUUCACUGCUCAGGAACGUAUCAGAUACGAAAGUCAGCUUAAGGUCUUAAGCCAGAUCAUGACGUCUUCGGAGAUAAUGCAACACCUAGCCGAACUCCCCGAAUCGGAUUUGUCUCUCAAAUUGAAAGUCAUCAAUCCUAACGAUGUUCCCGUUCAAGAAUUGACACAAGGAAUUCAACAAUGCCUUGACCGUCUUAUGGUCAACGUCAGAGAAGAGCUUUUCCAAGCAAAAUCCCUGACCGAGCAAUCGACGGAAAGGGCAAAGGAAUAUCUUGAUUCCCAAGACGACAUAAAUGUGAUACAAACCAGAAUGGCCAAUGAAGUUCAAUUGCUUUCGUCGGUUGAGAAAGACCUCAAAGCCCUUACAUCAACUGCGAGUCGUUAUGUUGCCUUAGCUGCUGCCAAACAACACCGCAUCAUCGCAGGGAUGGUAUUCUUUCCCAAUAUCAAGAUUAAUGAGGAAGCGCAACGAUUACUUUGUGAUCUUUUCGACGAUGAUUUACCGUUUCAGAUUUAUACCAAUCCUCAAGAGACGGUUAAAUAUUUGGUGGAUGUCCUCACUUCUCAAGAUCUUGACUUCAACGACCAAGACGACAAGGUUUUUCGCCUUGGAACCCCCAGACCAACUUCUGCAAGACUUAUCGCAGUUCAAAUCGACUACCUUCCAACUCCGCGGGCGAAGAAUUACUUCCAGCGGUCCUUUCUCCAUCAUACCGAUAAGAUCCUAAAGUGGGAAGUAAGGGAGCUGUCCCCCACAAAGGAGACAGCUCUAGCCUUGGUCCAUUUGGGACAAUCCAAGGUGCCUCCAAAACAUGUUUCUAAAAACAUCUGGCUUGAGAACCAGGAAUUCCUAGUUCCAUCUAUCUAUUCCUUCUUCUCAUCUUCGUGCGAUAAGUCUAAGAAGCUCUUCGAGAAAGCCACUUCAGAAGGCUAUACUGGGCCAGACCCAGGUAGCCACCUCACUUAUCUCAAACAGCAACAUGAUGCCCACCUCAAACACGCUGCUGCUUACCCUCUGAGACAGCCAGCUUAUGACAUCGUGGGCAUGCAAUGUACAAUUCAAUAUGCUCAACAAUUUUGUCCAGUAUGCCUUGAGACGGACCAUACCUUGAGUGGAUGUACUGAUCCUCGGAAAGGCUGCAAAAUAUGCCUGGCCACUACUCACUCUUCUUAUCGGUGUUGGAGACGUUGCGCUUGUCGGUAUGCUAGACACCUCAAAGGCUCCCCGGCUUGUCCUCUCUCCCGCACCAAAGAGGUACCUCCUCCACCACCCACCGAUUCAACUGAUGACUUUACCCUCGUUACCAAACGUGGCCAGAAGCGUCACCAUGUCACGAUGGAACAGGCUAACAGGAAAAUGGAUAACCCAUCCUCAACAAUGAGGCCACCCAACCCCUUUGGAGCAUUGAACCACUUCUCAGAAGAAGAUGUAACUGAAGAAUCCUCAAUGGAUUCCGUCCCCAAAGAUUCGUCACUUGAAAUUGCUGACAGCGUUGAUCCCCCCACUCAGUCUCCCUUUGCUGAACCAGUUCCCACACUGGUUGAUCUCCGAGAGGCUGUCCAGGAAACCACCGAAUCAACUAUCCAUUCUUCAACCACCACAGACGCGGCCUACAAUGAACCCCAAAUUGAAUCUGCCACAGGAGCUGAGUUUGGUUCUCAGCCACUUCCUGUCGACCAUACCGCCGAUUGGACUGGUCAACAAGACGUUCUUAUGGAAAGCUCAGUAUCCCCUGAACCUUCUCAGCCUACUGACCCUUCCGCCCCUCAACAAAAGGCUACUUCCGCUUACCUUCUACCAACCACAACUCCCAUGGAGGUCUCCAUACCUCUCACACCGGUCUCUCGUCCGAGAAUGCACCACGAGCCUGCUGUCAUAAGACGCUCUGCACGCCUUGCUGCUAAACAACCCUCGCCUUACUCCAGGCCAAAAUUGGCUUCUCACUCCAAGGCCCACCACGGCCCCUCUUCUCGCCAUUCAACUCUCAAAGAUACUCAAUACCCUACUGGUCCACAAGACCACACUAUGCCAGCAUUCCCCGCUGGUUCUGCUCAUGACGACGCUGGCCCCACUGGUUUUUCUCCGUCCCGUCAUGAGCCACCUGGCACAGUCGUGAACGUUGAGCCGCCAGACCCUGGUCCGCAGGAUCCUGAUAUCCUUCGACCUGUCCCGACUCCAAACGAACUGCUGUCCUCGUGUCAAACAUCAAUAUCUACCGCCUCCAACCAAGUGCUAUCCUCAUCACAGGAACCCCUGGAGGCUAUCCCAACCCGGGUAGAUACAACUCUCCCUAGCUUAGGAGAUCAUUAA